CGUCACACUAGUAAUCAAGCAAACAUGGCGAACAUUCGGUGUGUGAAGGGUAUGGUAGGUCUGGUCACAGGUGGUGCAUCUGGUUUGGGUCGGGCUACUGUGGAGCGUCUGGUAAAGAGUGGAGCAUCUGCUGUCAUUGUGGAUCUUCCCUCCUCUGAUGGACAGACAGUUGCAAAUAGCUUAGGGGAUCACUGUGCAUUUGCGCCUGCUGAUGUUACAUCGGAGGCAGAUGUGAUGUCAGCUGUUUCACUGGCCCGAGAGAAGUUCGGGAAAUUGGAUCUGGCAGUUAAUUGUGCUGGGGUAGCUGUGGCUGUUAAAACAUAUAACUUUAAGAAGAACCUUCCUCACAGUCUAGAGGACUUCCAACGUGUUAUCAAUGUGAAUAUUGCAGGAACUUUUAAUGUGAUCCGCCUGGCUGUUGGUGAGAUGGGAAAAAACGAACCUGAUGAAGAUGGACACAGAGGUUGCAUCAUUAACACUGCCAGUGUUGCUGCUUUUGAUGGACAGGUCGGACAAGCAGCAUACUCUGCUUCUAAAGGUGGCAUUGUUGGCAUGACACUUCCCAUUGCAAGAGAUCUGGCACCUAUGGGCAUCAGAGUCAUCACAAUAGCUCCUGGGUUGUUCUCCACACCACUUCUUGCUAGUCUUCCAGAAAAGGUUCGCUCUUUUCUUGCUCGCCAAGUGCCUUUUCCCUCACGUCUGGGAGACCCCUCCGAGUUUGCCCACCUUGUGAUAUCAAUGGCUGAGAACCCAAUGAUUAAUGGAGAGGUCAUCAGACUGGACGGCGCCAUUCGUAUGCAGCCAUGAUUUGUAGCUUGUACGUGUGCUUUUUUGUGUAAACGGAUACUGUUUAUUCAAAAAGAUAGAGAAAAGAUAUAGAUCAUUAGCCAGGAUGAUAGGAUGAUAUAUCUGAGUCCAUGAUUAAAAGUGUAGCUGUGGGUGUUGUGUUUUCCAAUAUAUAUAUAUUUUCUUUCUUUUUAUUUCUUCUCCAAAAUGGUAUUUCAUUUGACAGCAGUGUAAUAAAUGUCACAUGAGUUAGAUUUAAUAUUCUAAGGAUAUUUCUUAUUUUUUGGUGAGUAUUUGAUAAAUUGUAUAAAGUUGGCUAAGAUGAAUAGAUUUUUAACUGGUAUCAUUAUAUAAUUAUCAUGAGCUCAAUCGUUAAAUGAGAAAAAAACAAACAAACUUGUAUCUCAUAAUUAUAACUUGGUAGGAGAUAACUAUCUCAAUAAUGAGAUACCUAAGUCACGAUUAUGAGAAAGUAUGUGAUAAGUGGGCAGAUGAUGCAGAAGUGGCCGCUUUCAUUGAGCAACAAAUACAAGUAUCUGGUAGACAGCAUGGCUACAGGUGGAUCACCAAAAAUGUUGGAUUUCUGGGAUAGUCACAGACAAAGAAACAGUAAGUUUUGUAAUGUGCCUAAUGGAUUCGAUGAGACAACGCUCAUAUGUCAGUCGUGGACCAAACUAUGCGUUGCAAUUGAUGGGUAUGAAAAACAAAGGCUAUUGGAUGGAUAAACUGAAUAUAUAAAACUUGAACUCAGAUAGAGAGGAAUAUUUCUAUUGGGGUUUAAAGUGGGUUGAAGAAAUCAAUAUUUCACAAAACUGCCAGUGGUGAUGUGAGAGAGUAUAAAUGCUCUUAAUGCUAAAUGUGAUAAAAUAAACACAGGGGGAACUAAGGUUCUCAGAAAAAACUUAAAUUUAUUUUCAAGGGAUAAUAAAAAGUGCAGUAAUCCUUGCAUCCCUAGGUCCUGGGGCAUUGAAAGUUGUCAGGUCUGGUUACAGUCCCCCAGAAGCCAAGGCCAUAUGAUCCAGCAGGCUAUAGACCAGUCAUUCUCACAUAUCAUGUGAUGAAGGUCCUGGAGAGACUGAUCUUAGCACAGCUGAGGCUGGUGGGGAGGUUUCAGGACCCUUUGCAGUUUUCUUACCAGCCUCAUUUAUGAGCCAUCUACCUACUGCAACAGGCUCAUAUGCAUCUGUAUCGUGGGGGAGACACUGCGAGAAUCACAUUAUUUAAUUUAUCCAGUGCUUUCAACAACAUUCAACACCUACUUCUGGGUGAGAAGCAAUAGAUGAUGGUGUCAAUGGUUCAGUAAUCUCCUGGAUUACUUGCUGACAGGCAGGUCACAGUUUUUCCUUCUGGGCUGUGUUCUGUCUGAUGUGGUGAUACAGGAAGGCCACAGGUGACUCUCUUCUUUCCUAGGGAUAGGUAUAGGUGAAGACCUAUACACCACUGACUUUCAGAACAACUCUUGAGUUACCUGCAGACAUUUUAUGAUAUAUCAGCCGUUGUUGGGUGUAGAAGAGGGGAAGAGGAGGGUGGAUACAGGGCACUGGUUGACAGUUUUCUGGAGUCAACUAAACAGAACCACCUGAGGUUAAACGUCAACAUGACCAGUGAGCUGGAGAUCAACUUCAGGAAGAAGAUGAUGCCUUCACAGCCACAACAUAUCAGGGGGAGGUAAUGAAGGAGGUGGAGGACUAUAGGAGUGGUGAUUAGCAAUAGACUGGACUUGAUAUCAAACAUGGAUGCUGUGUACAAGAAGGGGAUGAGCAUACUCUAUUCCCCAAAGAAGCCACGAUCCUAAAACGUGUGCUGCAAAAUGUCUGAUAUCUUUCUAUCAGUUGACUGUUGCCAGGCCAUCUUCUUUGUUGCUGUGUGUUGGGGCAGCAGCAUCAGAGCCAGUGACACCAGCAGCUGAACAAGAUCAUCAAGAACGCUGGCUCUGCUGUAGUAAGUCUCAAGCUAGUCUUUUUAGACCGUGGUGAAGAGAAGGGCGCUCAAUGAAGUGUUAUCCAUUGUUGAAAAUGAGGAGCACCCUCUCCACCAUACAUUGGACAGACAGUGGAGCACCUUCUCUGACAGACUUUUAGCUCUGCUGUCAACGGGACAUAUACAGGAAAUCUUUCCUACCUCAUGCCAUUGCACUGUUUAAUAAAAACUCGCCCUUGUUCUCACUUGUUCUCUUCAUCUCUCCAUCACAAUUUACACCAACAUUUCAUUUCCAUCCAUUUUCUGAACCACACAACAUCAGCAGUCCUGUUCAGAGCUGAAGCACCUU